AAAAAAACCCAAAGCAUAACUACCUUUGCAGCUGAAUGUGACUGCGGCGUACAGGAAGUGGAGCGUUGGCAUGAAGUGGCUCCUAGUGGCUGUGUGGCGUAUGCCGGCUGCCCUCCUCUGACUCCAGUGGCACCUGGGGACCUGGCCUCACUGGCAGGAGAACAUUGGUAUGAAGGCUGCUGGCGACUAUGAAGACCGGAGGGACACACCCUGCUGCUCAUGCCUGCAGGGCUCUGAGAGGAGGAAGCCUGGGGCAGGACCCACACCAGUGGCCGCUGGGCACAGCAUGGAGCAUCCCAGCAAGAUGGAGUUCUUCCAGAAGCUGGGCUAUGACCGGGAGGAUGUGCUCCGGGUGCUGGGCAAGCUGGGCGAGGGCGCCCUGGUCAACGAUGUGCUGCAGGAGCUUAUCCGCACAGGCAGCCGCCCAGGGGCCCUGGAGCACCCGGCUGCACCCAGGCUAGUGCCUCGAGGCUCCUGUGGGGUCCCGGAUUCCUCCCAGCGGGUCCCGGGAACAGCCCUGGAAGAGGACAUCGGAGGCCUGGCCAGUUCCCUGCGACCCAUAGUGAUUGAUGGCAGCAACGUGGCAAUGAGCCAUGGAAAUAAAGAAACCUUCUCUUGCCGGGGAAUCAAGCUGGCUGUGGACUGGUUCAGGGACAGAGGACACACCUACAUCAAAGUUUUUGUUCCUUCCUGGAGGAAGGACCCACCAAGAGCUGACACCCCUAUCAGAGAGCAGCACGUGCUGGCAGAGCUGGAGCGGCAGGCGGUGCUGGUGUACACGCCUUCCCGCAAGGUGCACGGGAAGCGCCUGGUUUGCUACGACGACCGCUACAUCGUGAAGGUGGCCUACGAGCAGGACGGCGUCAUCGUCUCCAACGACAACUACCGGGACCUGCAGAGCGAGAACCCUGAGUGGAAGUGGUUCAUCGAGCAGAGGCUGCUCAUGUUCUCCUUCGUCAACGACCGGUUCAUGCCUCCUGAUGACCCCCUGGGUCGCCAUGGACCCACCCUGAGCAACUUCCUAAGCCGGAAGCCGAAGCCCCCAGAGCCAUCCUGGCAGCAUUGUCCCUAUGGCAAGAAAUGCACCUACGGCAUCAAGUGCAAGUUCUACCACCCGGAGAGGCCGCACCACGCGCAGCUGGCGGUGGCCGACGAGCUCCGCGCCAAGACUGGCGCCCGGACUGGCGCUGGCGCCGGUGCAGAGGAGCGGCGGCCUCCGAGCGCCGCGGGAGGCCCUGCAGGAGCCCGGGCGGUCCCCCGGGAGCCGAUUGCUCACAGCCUCCUGCCAGCGCGGGGGUCCCUGGACCUGGCUGCCCUGCGGGGGAGUUUCUCUCUCCUGGCCUUCAGCGACGACCUGGGGCCCCUGGGGCCGCCUCCCCUGGGCCCUGCCUGCGGCCUCGCGCCCGGACUGGGCGGGCCCGACUGGGUGUCCGCGGGUGGCCGGGUGCCCCGGGUUUCGCCAUCUUCGCGGGCGGGCGGCGCUGCCACCUCCGAGCUGCCCAGCCUUGGGGCGCCGGGGCCAGGCCCACCCGGCCUCCCUAGCCCUCACAACCCGUUCUCCCUGGGUGACCUCCCGCCCCCACCCGGCCUGCAGCUCCAGCCGCGGGGCGAACACCGCCCCAGGGAUCUGCACGGGGAUCUGCUGCCCCUGCACAGGCAGCCUGACGACCCAUGGGCCCGUCCGCCCAGCUCCGACCGCUUCCCGGGGUGCUCCGCUUGGGCGGAGCCGGCCUGGGGCGAUGGCGUCACUGGGGGACUCUCAGGGUACUCUGUCGAGGACGGCGAGGGAGACGCGCGCGCCCAGGCUCGCCUCGCGCUCUACAGCGUCUUUCCGCGCGACCACGUGGACGGCGUGAUGGCCGCAUUCCCCACGCUCUCUGACUUCUCCAGGCUCAUCCUCCUAGUCCAGAGAUCCCAAAGCGCGCGGGCGACCCUGGGCAAGCCCUAAGGGACCACCACGCUCUUGCAGAGAAUGGCCCAGCCUCACCUUGCGUCUUGGACGGGUGGACCAGUGGUUGCCAGCCUUGACCUGAGUGGGCCCACCUUGGCACCCCCAUUUCUUUAAAGAUGGUCAGGGACGCCUGCUUCCACCUCCUUAUCGGGGUUGGGCGGGGGCCUGGUGGCACUUGGUGACCCUCACCGAGGCUGGGACCUGCUGCGGGGAGGACCCCCACUUCCGUGGAGGGAGUGAUUUUCCACGUGCACGGAGACUGCAGCUCCAAGCUGCAGUGGAAUCCACAAGUGGGUCACAAAAUCAAUUUAGUGGGUCACCCCCACAAACACAGCGGACUGGAACAGCUCAGAGCACACCCUGUGCAAUCAGGCUGAGUCUGAACUCUUGUUACCUAGCCUGUGCUCCUACCCCCUUGGCAGCCAUGUAACUAACCUUAGUGUGGGUCGUGGUCAGAAGUUUGACAAAGACUGGUGAUUGGUCUUGAA